GAUUUCGCGAGCUCUUGCCCACACGGGUGCUGCACUCGGCUGAUCGUUUUCGAGCGGCCGCUGCAUCACACGUUGUGGUCCAAAUUUUUGUUUCCGAUUGUGAAUGGUGGGAGUCAGAGACACUCUCUGUCAAUAUCUGUUUGCGUGUUCACACACUGGACACCAAACAACCCUGAACUAUCCGCUGCUUGGAGGAAUUUCGCGAGCUCUUGCCCACACGGGUGCUGCACUAGGCUGAUCGUUUUCGAGCGGCCGCUGCAUCACACGUUGUGGUCCAAAUUUUUGUUUCCGAUUGUGAAUGGUGGGAGUCAGAGACACUCUCUGUCAAUAUCUGUUUGCGUGUUCACACACUGGACACCAAACAACCCUGAACUAUCCGCUGCUUGGAGGAUUUUCGCGAGCUCUUGCCCACACGGGUGCUGCACUCGGCUGAUCGUUUUCGAGCGGCCGCUGCAUCACACGUUGUGGUCCAAAUUUUUGUUUCCAAUUAUGAAUGGUGGGAGUCAGAGGCACUCUCUGUCAAUAUCUGUUUGCGUGUUCAUACACUGGACACCAAACAACCCUGAACUAUCCGCUGCUUGGAGGAAUUUCGCGAGCUCUUGCCCACACGGGUGCUGCACUAGGCUGAUCGUUUUCGAGCGGCUGCUGCAUCACACGUUGUGGUCCAAAUUUUUGUUUCCAAUUAUGAAUGGUGGGAGUCAGAGACACUCUCUGUCAAUAUCUGUUUGCGUGUUCACACACUGGACACCAAACAACCCUGAACUAUCCGCUGCUUGGAGGAAUUUCGCGAGCUCUUCCCCACACGGGUGCUGCACUCGGCUGAUCGUUUUCGAGCGGCUGCUGCAUCACACGUUGUGGUCCAAAUUUUUGUUUCCGAUUGUGAAUGGUGGGAGUCAGAGGCACUCUCUGUCAAUAUCUGUUUGCGUGUUCACACACUGGACACCAAACAACCCUGAACUAUCCGCUGCUUGGAGGAAUUUCGCGAGCUCUUGCCCACACGGGUGCUGCACUCGGCUGAUCGUUUUCGAGCGGCCGCUGCAUCACACGUUGUGGUCCAAGUUUUUGUUUCCGAUUAUGAAUGGUGGGAGUCAGAGACACUCUCUGUCAAUAUCUGUUUGCGUGUUCACACACUGGACACCAAACAACCCUGAACUAUCCGCUGCUUGGAGGAUUUUCGCGAGCUCUUGCCCACACGGGUGCUGCACUCGGCUGAUCGUUUUCGAGCGGCUGCUGCAUCAAACUUUGUGGAAUAGCAUGGCCUAA